UGUUCUCCAGGCGGCCCGUCUCGGCUCUAGCGUCGGUACCUGCCUCAGCCCUGUCAAAGUUGCGAUCAUCAACGCGUCGACUCGUGUGGCGCCAUAAAUCCCGCCAUCAUCUGCCCAUGGGCUGCUUUCCGCUUUCCUAUUUUUCCCGCUUCCCUCUCUACCCCUCAUAUAUAUUAAUACCAUCCGAUUUCCUCCCUCCUCCCUCCCUGCAACCAUAAGCUGAUUGCCCACCUGCCCCGCCUCCAGCCACCCCGCGCAAGCAACAACCACAACCACCAGCAAAAAUGUCCAUUGCUGCCAUCCGCCGCUACUCGUCGGGCACCUACAUUCGCGGCUGCCCGGCCACGCGCCUGCAGCUGCUCGUCGCCAACUGCGCCAUCACAGCCGGCGUCGUGCUACCCUUCGUGCCGCCGUACAUGCAGACGCGCAAGGCCAAGAAGGACGGCUCCUACCUGACCAA